AUGCAGCCUACUUCAGGCUGCGACUUUCUUCUUUUGCUCCUCCCUCGGUCGUUGUGGAGCCUUCAAAACAGGUCUAAGAACAUCGCCAGUGAUCCCAGGAUCAUAGCUAUGCACCCAUCCGUUCAGCCAGGUCCUGGGGGGUUUCCGCCCGGAAACUUCGAUUCAUGCGUCGUUCAGGAGGGAAGGUCGUCUCCUUGCGGUGUUGGAGGAGCACUGCACCCCUCCAACAGCAAAGCACCAUCUCACCAGGACGCUGCGAUAUCCCUCUUCCACUGGGCGGAAUCGUCAUUGAUCUGGUCAUCGCCUUGUCCUUUUCGGGCUCUCAGCCUUCUUCCCCAAGCCAUCAGAGCAACGCUUGACGGCAACUUUUUCGUUGACACCAAAUUCAUGCUUUCUACGCACAAAUGGGGACAAACGUCCGUAUGUAACCGCCGUCUCAUUUAUGCAAGCGGCAGCAUUUUGAAGGACCAUAGCUCGUUCCUGGACAGAUCUGAGUUUUCUCUAUCCGGCUUUCUUUCUUUCGGAGGUUCUUAUUUGAGUGGCGUCUGCGAGUAUACCUAUGAUAAAGACAGUGAUCUCGAAUCUGACUCGGACGAAGAUGCCUGCGACACUCCCGCAACGUCUGACAGCAUUACCGGAGAACCGAAAUCCAAAUCACAUUCCCGUGCCCUAUCUCCCACGAAUACUUCAGAUCCGGAUAUCGUCCAAUCCGCACUACCUGCAUCUCCUAGCGGUGAAAAGGCAGCAUCGAAUUUCGACAUCGACGCCGAUUCGCCAUCAGUCUCUGCCACAUCUCACAAAAAUUCACCAACCAAAAAUGGUUCUCAUGUCUCAUUGUACUACAGCAAAUCUGAUAGUAUCUUCCUUUCUGAGUAUGAGAACGCAGAAGUAUCUCCCAUCUGUGAUGAAUCUAUGAGUCGGUCUGCGGAGGUUAUAAAUCAUCGUGUGGAAGACUACCUGGCCAACAGAGCAGAGCCUGAAGAGAAAGCUCCACACCUGGCAUUGGUCAAUGACGUGGCUUUCAGGACCUCUGCAGUAAUUGACGUCAAUCCCUUUCAGUUUCCAAGCCUUGAUAGUGUAUAUGUAUACCAAGGAGAUCGCUUUCGUCCAGCUCAAAUCCAGCGGUGGGCGCUGUACAACGUCAGCGAUGCCUGUUCUCCGAAAUCUAUGUAUCGCCUUGCAGUCAAAGCUAGCCAUGAAGAUCUAAAGAAACACGCAUUCGAAAAUUUACGCUCUCAGCUCGGGCCUGGAAACAUUAUCACAGAGAUCUUCCCAAAGUUUACCAAACAGUAUAUCGUUAUCCUCAACUUUUUGUCACGGGAUAUCCUGACAUACCAUUCACCACUCCUACGGUAUGGAAAGAAUGGGAAGGGACGAUAGACGUUGUGGCAGGCGGUCAACUUCCACGUGGUGCUGAAGUUUUUUAAAGAGAGUGACUCGCGCCUUGGGCUCUUGAUUCCUCACCAUUGUCCAAUAAUACUUCAAAC